AUGGCACUGCACUCGUGCAGACGACGUAUCCUUUUACGAGUUUUAGCAGUCAUUAUUGCCAUUAUUUCCACCAUAUUUCUCGCUGCACGUUUGUACAAAGAAAUGCGCUCAGGUCCCAACCCAUAUCCCCGCAAAAGGCACGAUUUCCAGGAAAGUGCGGAUAUCCAAGAGUGGGCGGAUUUCCAUAACGAACGCCUCGAUUCAAAGGGACGAAGAAGAAGCAUUUUGGUCAUAGCUCAUGGAAGAUCUGGUUCUACAAUAACUGGAGAGAUUUUCAAUCAUCAUCCAUCUGUCUUUUACCUACACGAGCCGUUACAAACCGUAGAGAGAAUAUCUAAACAAAAUGGCUCUAACAAAGAUCGCUAUGCAAGCCUAAUGAUAAACAUUUUAUCGAACAUUUUGCGGUGUAAUUUCAGUCAAGCUGUUUUGGAAGAUUUUGAUAAUUUCUACCGAGAACCAAGCCAUUCCCGAGCAAGUUGUGCGAUUGGUUCGCCACCCCUGUGCCCGCACGAAAUGACCGACCCGAAAUGGGACUUAAAACUUUGUCUUCCUCUUACGAAUAAAUCUCUCGGAACCACUUGUCGUAAUAAGUAUGCUGUCACCGUUGCAAAAAUUCUCAUGAGUCGCAUCGCAGGAAACGAUAUUAAGAAUAUUUUGCAAGCAUGUCGAAAAUCGAAAUCCAACUGCCAAAUUAUUUUUCUUAUAAAAGAUCCUCGUGCAGUUAUUCCGUCUUCUCAUAGUGUAGGUUUUCCCAUUGACAGAGGCAGCCGGUUAAGUAAAGAUGGACUUCGUUUGUUUAGCUAUCAGAAUUGCAAACAAACCGAAGAUAAUCUAGUUUUCCUGAAGAACCUCCCUCUCAGCUGGCGCAGGCGUAUAUUGGUUCAGCGUUACGAAGAUUUUGCAGUGAACCCACUUAAAGUGAUGUCACGCUUAUACGACUUUGCUGGGUUGCCUGUGCUCGAUCACGUGAAAAUAUGGCUGAACGAAUCGACCCAUCCGUCCAAAAAACGAGAAGAUAUGUUGAUAGAGGGUUCCCCGGACUUUUUCAUGAUGGAUGAUGCUUCAGCAACAGCGAAUCGUUGGCGAUGCAAGGUACAUCCCCAUGAUAUUGACAUCAUUGAACAUUAUUGUAAACAUGUAAUGCAAAUAAUGGGGUAUAUACCAAUUAAUAAUGAUGAGGACUUGAUGGCUGAUGUUACUACCCCUCUGUUUAGUGAAGAUUACGAAGCAAAGAAAUGGUUUCCAAACUGA